AUGAACGGUCGAGAUCGUCCUCGCGGCGGAGAUACCCGCCAUGGCGCGGGCGAUGGGUCCAUGUCCCGAGCCGAGAAAUUCGAGGACGAGAAGAAACGGAUCGUCCAAAGUUGUUAUUCGAAAAAGGAUAACGACGGAACAUUGGUCGAGUCCUAUAUCACACACGUGCGUAUCACGGAGGAUGCUGCGCAUCCCUCUGCCCCUGGCCCGCCAAACGCGUCCUCCGAAACCAAGAAGGCCCGCGUCAUCAUCGUUUCCGUCCGAAGGUCAGGCAGGGUUCGGAUGCACAAGGCUCGCGAGAACAAUGAUGGAACAUUCUCAAUUGGAAAAACCUGGAUGCUCGAUGACCUAUCUGCAAUUCAAUCCUACAACGCCUUUGUGCCUCGAACGCCGGCGGAGCAACAACAAAAGGAAUGGGCGUCGAACCUCGGUUUUGUGGUCACAGUAGGAAAGCCCUACUACUGGCAUGCCAGAAGUGCCAAGGAAAAGGAGUUUUUCAUUGGAAGCCUGGUCAAGAUCUACAAGAAAUACACAGGGGGGAAGGUCCCGAAUCUUGUCGGUUUUGAUGAGAGGGAACGUCAGCUGCUCGCAGGUAGUAGCGGGGCAUCCUCGUCGCCAGCACCUCCUCCAUCAAGGGGCGCUGGCCUUGCUCCGCCCUCAGAGGGCCCCUCACCACAACCACAGUCGUCAUACAGUAGUCGCGACCCCAGUCGCGACGCACCUCGAGACGUCAGGCGGAAGCCAUCUGAAGACCCGGUGCCAGUCCUUCGACCCCAACGAAGCCGCGAACAACUGCCUCGGCCAUCCACUGGGCAAUCCAAGCCAGCGCCCUCUCCAUUCGGACCUCCCCAAAUCCCUUCUUCGACAAUUUCCUCAGGCCCUUCCAUGAUUGCUCCAGGGCAGCGGGAGCAAACACCACCCCGUGUGAACGAGCGACCCGCCGCGGAAACCAAGCCUCAGGUGGCUGCUGCUUUAACGGCAGAACCGAGAAACAAAGAGCCGGAACCAAGCAGCCACAUCAAAAUUCCAGAAGCCAUUCGACCAUCAUCUUCCAGGGUCGAGGAGCGCAUCCCGAAAGCGCAACCCCCACCACUUGUCACAAAGCAUGUUGAAGCUCGGGCACCAGAGCCCAAGCCCAGUACCGAUGGUCUUCGGCCCAGUCGUUUUGGCGCAUCAGAAGACUCCCGGCCGUCCUCAUCCCGAGAAGAAGAGCGGUUGCCGAGGCCACAGCGGCCAGCAUUGGCACCCCCAGCUCUUGAGCCCAUGGCACCAGAGUCUAAGCGUAGCGCAGAUGGUCUUCGGCCUGCUCGAAUUGAUGUCUACGACUAUUCUCGACCAUCAUCUUCCCGGGAUGAGGAUCGACUCCUGAAAACACAACCACCGCCACUUUCCGUCAAGCCAUCUGAAACCAAGCUCCCCGAAUUCAAGCCCAGCAUCGAUAGUCUUCGGCCCACCACGCCUGGGUCCUCCGCCGGUGAAAACCGAAGUGCAGCCCCAAGUCCAGCACCCAGCCCUGGUCAAAAGUCGCUCCAUCAUGGGGGCGUUGACAAACCAUCCCCUGCCAACCAGCUGCCUCCGCCACAAGAUCAAGCUGCUUCAAAGCUUCCUCCUGCUCCCGCUGCGAGCGCCAGGCCCGAGCCAAUCGCACCAUUCAUGGCAGACGAACAGACGCCACCGCCUAUGCUGGACCCUGCUGUGGCAGCAGCCGUGACAGCAGCCACUGUGGCUUCUGAAGAAUCCAAUAAGUCUCCCGAUGAGGUGAAGCCGCUCCCAGCUAUUGAGCCACCUCGAGAUGUGGAGCCAGCUCAAGAUAUUCAGCCAGCCCGAGAUGUCAAGCCUGUUCAAGACGUGAAUGCAGUUCAUGAUACUGAGCCGGCCCGAGAGGUGAAGCAGGUUCAUGAUGUCAAGCCGCUCCCAGAUAUUGAGCCAGUUCAUGAUGCGAAGCCAGUUCAUUAUAUUCCGCCGGUCCGAGAGGUGAAGCCCGAUCAAGAUGUCAAGCCGGACCCAGAAAUUCAGCAGGCACGAGAAGUGAAGCCCGCUCAGGAUGUCCAGCCGGUCCCAGAGAUUCAGCAGGCACAAGAGGUGAAGCCAGCUCAGGAUGUCAAGCCGGACCCAGACAUCCAGGAGGCACGAGAGGUGAAGCCGGUCCAGGAUGUGAAGCCAGUUCCGGGCAUUCAGCCGACCUUGGAUGUUAAAACGGUCCAAGAUGUCGAGCUUAUGGGCGAAAUCACGACAGACUCGCCGCCGGUUGUUCCACCCACGCCAGUUGAUGACGACGAGGUAGAAAGCGAGGGGCAUCGCCCGGGGCUUGGCCCUAUGGUGAAGCCAAAGUCGUCCAAAGAUGUUGCCGGCGCAUUCCGGAAAGCUGCAAAUGCCUAUGGAGCUUUCAAACCCCGACGAGGUGGAGCUGGUGAGCGAUUAUUGGCUGCCGCAAAGAAGCAAAAGGCCGAGGAAACCGAUGCAGAUGGAAUCACUGGCGUCUUUCCUGCCCCGUCCAUCUCCAGACCUGGGAAUGAGCCUCCAAAGAGCCCAGUAACAGAAACAGUAGAAAAGGAACUGCCAGCACCUGCUCCAUCUACACCUCCCGAAGCACCCACUGUUGAAAUCACACAUCCGGCUAUUGAAGAGCCAGUCGUUGCUCCGGAGGCUGCCGAGGAGGUCAACGAUUCUUUAACAGACGGUGCAAAUGGGGCAGCCCGUUCAAGAACACCAUCCCCGGCAGGACAAGGCCGUCGCCGAAGACGCCGUGAAGAUAACACGAUUAAAUACUGCCAAGCGCUUGGGAUUGAUCCCGGUGUUCUUGAUGGACGCGGCAUUGAUUUCGAUGAUAUCCUGACUGACUUGGGCUGGAGCGGACGGUUGAGCGACGACAAGAAGAUCGAGGAUUUGGAGGCAGACAUUCGCCGGGAGAUAGGCCGCGUCGAGGCAACCAGCUGGCUGGGCAAUCUUGAACAGCAAGAAGGCAAAGUCGAACAGCUUGCCGGCCUCAUUGACAAGACAAUCGAAGAGUGCGAAGAGCUGGAUGGUCUACUGACAUUGUACUCACACGAAUUGAACACUCUUAACGAGGACGUGGCGUACAUCGAGGCCCAGUCUCAAGGACUGCAGGUGCAGACAGCAAACCAGAAGCUUCUUCAAAAUGAGCUUCAGAAUCUUUUGAAGACAUUGUCGAUUUCUUCCUUCGAGAUGCGACCUCUCAAAGAAGCUUCACUCAGCAACACUGCUGCGCUCCAGGGCACCGAAAGCGCGCUAUCGACAUUGUACAAGGCCAUGCUCAUGAUUGAUUCUGACCUUGGACAAAAUAAGAAGCGCUUGGUUGAUUCUAGUGUCGGUGUCUACGCCGACACAGAAAUCGGCCAGAUGCGUGCGAUCAAGCAGAAGAAAGAAGAGUAUCGCUCUGCGGCCAUGAUGUUCCUGCAUCGGCUGAAGCAAUUCAUGGGUCUCGCCUUCAAGAUGGCAGAACAAAAACGGGCCGAGGCUACGAUACGUAGCUCCAAAGAUCCUAUGAAGCUGGACAGCUCAGCGCGACAACACUUCCGCCGAGAAAUCUGGAUGUACAACCCGCUGAUGCUUUUUGCUCGAGAAGUCAGUAUGGCGGAAUGGCAUGGUCUUGUUGGUCUCUACGAACAACAGUCUAAACCAUCCUACCAGAACGAAUUCCGUGACAAUAAUUUGGCUUGGAAACAGACAGCCCGCAAGCCGACCGGAGAGGAGCAGGAACUCCUCUUUACCCACCAAGAGAAGGAGAAGGAAGCUGAGGGCAUCACUAUGGCUGCGCGGAAGUUGACCGUACGACGUGGCAAGACUGUCCGAGCUGCGGCCGGAGCUAGGUUGGCUCCAGGCGAGAAGAAGAAGGGCAAGGUCGAGCCAUGCGAGGCUUUCGCUGGAACACUACGGGAGUCUCUGAACAUGAUGGCGGAAGAACAGAAUUUCGUGAUACGGUUCUUCCACCUCGAUUCCUUGGCCACCACUGACUUCUCGGAUCUUGUUGCAUCGGCCCAUCCGGAAGCCCGCAAAUGUCCAGAAUUCUCUACGAAGCAGUCGCAUGACCCGGACCGUGUGAUGGCCAAGAGAGUUGAGCAGAUCAUGGAUGAGGUCUACUCAUUCUGGCCCAAUGAUAUGCAGGGUAUCGUGGACUGGGCCAUCAAGGCCGAUCCUCUGCAAGGAAUUGGGAUGUUGUUUGCCUUAGAAACGGCCAUGGCUGACUUUGACGACACCAACCAAGAAUUCAUCCUCCAUUCCCUCCAAAAGCUCCACUCUCGCCUUAUGGGGCUGUUCAACCGAUUUGUGGAAGAGCAAAUCCGAGGCAUCGAGGACACCAAGGUUAAAGUUAACAAGCGGAAGGGUGUCAUUUCUUUCAUGCGAAUCUUCCCACACUUCUCUACCGUCAUUGAGAACAUGCUGACCGGACCCUCUGGCGAGUUCUGCGACAUGCGGGUCAGCGUGAACGAUGCAUACGAACGCAUCAACCGAGCCAUGUGGGAGUCGCUCAAAUUCAUUGCCAAGGAAGCGCCCGGGCAACCUGCGGGUGUGGCUGCCAAUGCUACCGCGGGCGACCCUGAGGAUAAGGAAGUGCUGAACUACCACAUCCUCCUCAUCGAGAACAUGAACCACUACAUGGAAGAGGUGGACGCGCACAACACCCCAGUGCUGCAACGCUGGUCGGACCGCGCCCGCCAGGAUUUCCAAGAGCACAUGCGGCUCUAUCUCGAUGCCGUCAUUCGCCGCCCGCUGGGCAAACUUCUCGAUUUCAUCCAAUCCGUCGAGAAUCUCCAGACAGCCAACAGCAACCCGACAGACAUUGCAACUCGCUCCAGCCACUCCCGCAUGGUGGCCAAGAAGGUGCUUUCGUCUUACGACAACAAGGAAAUCCGGCGAGGCAUCGAAAUGCUCAAGAAGCGUGUCGAGAAGCACUUUGGUGAUGCCGACGAUCCAGGCCUUAGUCGAAGCCUAGUCCUCAAGGUACUGCGCGAAUGCGAGGGGCGCUACGAGGAGGUGUACAACCGCACCCGGCGCAUCGUGGACACCGUCUAUGAAGGUCAACUGGACCUGGAAUGGCGUAAGGAGGACACGCUUUCGAUGUUCCGAAAAUGA